CAGACUUAACGGCAGACCAAUGGAAACAACUCGAAGAUCAGCGAAAAAUGAAGAUAUUGUUCGAAAUGCUGCAGAAGAAGCAACAGAUGAACCAAAGAUUAGCCAAUAGUGGAAAAGUGAAGUAUGAGUACGACUCGGAUGAAGAAGUGGACACGACUGAGGGCACGUGGGAACACAAACGGCGCCGACAGGAGAUGCUGGCGACACACACAUUAGCCAAUGAACUGACGGAAAAGGGGUCGGGAAAGCAUCACAUCGGAGACUUCAUGCCUCCCGAAGAACUCGACCGCUUCAUGAAGAAGUGGGAGGCACUCAAAGACGGCGAACCACUUCCGGAUGUUUCAGAUUACAGCGAUUCCAAACUCAAAGAGGAUAACGUGGGCUUUAAAAUGCUUAAGAAGUUGGGAUGGAGUGAGGGCCAGGGACUCGGCUCACAGGGCACCGGUACUGCCGAACCCGUUAACAAAUCUGUGGGCGCUGUGAACAACGCUGGUUUGGGUCAAACACGUCCUGAAGAACUUAGUAAUACCGACGAUGAAUAUGAAGCGUACGAAUGC